UGCUAUGGGUCACCUGAAGUGAUUGAAGAUGCUCUUCUGAAGAGGAUAGAAAACUAUCCAAGAAUGACAAACAAAGACAAUCAAAAGCUGAGAGGGUUUGGGGACCUACUCUUAGAAAUAGAAGCCGCUAAGUCUAGUGGACAUCUGCCAGGUCUCUCAUACUUAGAUACAGCACGUGGAGUUGAUCCCAUAAUCGAGAAACUUCCUUUCAACUUGCAAGAAAGGUGGGUCACUCAAGCAUCAAGAUACAAGAAAGAUCAUCGAGUCGCAUUUCCACCAUUUGCCUUCCUUGCUGAAUUCAUCGUAGACCAAGCUGAAACACGCAAUGAUCCAAGCUUUGCUUUCCUGAACAAGAGAACUGCAAGCUCCCCAAAGGUAGAGCAAAAACAUCCAACGCCUUACAAAGAACGCAGAGCAACAGUUUCUGUACGGAAGACAGAAGUCUCGCCUGAGUCUGCAGUCAAUCAGGAAGACAACACAAGUAAGAAAGUUGAGGAGCCAGACAAAAUAUGUCUUAUCCACAACAAGCCUCAUCCACUAAGAAAAUGUCGCAGUUUCAGAAGUAAGACAUUAGAAGAGCGCAAAGCUUACCUUAAAGACAAUCACAUUUGUUUCAGAUGUUGCGCUUCAAUUCAGCAUCUUGCAAAAGACUGUACAAAAACAAUAAAAUGCACAGAGUGCAACAGUGACAAACACCUGUCAGCACUGCACCCAGGACCACCACCAUGGAAACAAGAAGUUCCAGCAACUCAAGAAGAUCAUGGUGGGGAGCAAGGCGAGAGUACAACGCCAGCAGUAACCUCAAAGUGUACUGAGAUCUGUACAGAGCAGGGCCGCCCCAGAUCAUGUUCCAAGAUAUGCUUAGUCAAGGUGUAUCCUGCAGGCUUCAGAGAAAAAGCAAUCAAGAUGUACACAGUCUUGGAUGAACAGAGUAACAGAUCUCUGGCAAAAACAGAGUUCUUUGACCUCUUCGGUGACAAAGGAAGUCCAACUCCAUACACCCUGAAGACUUGUUCUGGAGUUGUAGAGACAACAGGGAGAAGAGCAAACAACUACAUCAUUGAGUCAUUAGAUGGAAAGACAAAGGUGACUCUUCCUACCCUCAUAGAAUGUGAUGAGAUACCAGACGACAGGUCAGAGAUCCCCACACCUGAAGUUGCUCGUCAUCACCCCCAUCUGGUGCGAAUAGCAGACCAGAUACCAGCACUAGAUCCAGAUGCUGCAAUCAUCCUUCUACUUGGGAGAGAUAUCCUCAGACUGCACAAAGUCAGAGAACAGUACAAUGGGCCACACAAUGCACCAUUUGCACAACGCCUUGAUCUCGGAUGGGUCAUCGUUGGAGAAGUAUGUCUAGACGGACUCCACAAACCAGAAAAGGUAAAUGUCUACAGAACACAUCUGUUACAGAAUGGUCGUACAUCUUGUCUUUGCCCAUGUACCAACAGUCUACACAUUAAAGAGAGACUUGUAAACCCAACACAUCAUCGGAGUAUCCAGAGGUGCAUGGAAGACUUAGCCUCAACUGGAGAUACAGAUGAACUGGGCUGUAAGGUGUUUGAAAGAACACGAGAUGACGACAAGCUAGCACCCUCGGUGGAAGAUACUCUCUUCCUUGAGAUUAUGGACAGAGAAGUCUUCAGAGACAAAUCAGGCAGCUGGGUAGCCCCUCUACCCUUCCGGUCACCACGCCAUCGCCUUCCUGACAACAAGGUACAAGCAGAGAAACGCUUCACCUCGUUGCAGCACAUGCUACAAAGAAAGCCAAAUAAGAAGAAACACUUCCAAGCCUUCAUGCAGAAGAUCUUUGAUAACGAUCAAGCUGAAAAGGCACCACCACUACAAGAGAACCAAGAACACUGGUACUUACCAAUAUUUGGGGUGUACCAUCCUCAGAAACCAGGCCAGAUACGCGUAGUAUUUGACUCUAGUGCGAAACACCAAGGCAUCUCACUAAAUGAUGUCCUUCUCAGCGGACCUGACCUGAACAACACACUCCUUGGAGUACUCAUCAGGUUCAGAAAAGAACUCGUAGCAGUGACAGCAGACGUACAACAGAUGUUCUACUGUUUCCUUGUUCGUGAAGAUCACAGAGACUACUUAAGGUUCCUGUGGUAUGCAGACAAUGACUUUAACAAAGAAAUCACAGAGUACAGGAUGAAGGUACAUGUGUUUGGAAACAGCCCUUCUCCAGCUGUAGCUAUCUACAACCUGAGACGAGCAGCACAACAAGGUGAAAGACAUGGUCAAGAAGCCACACAGUUCGUCAUGAAGAACUUCUACGUAGAUGAUGGACUUGCUUCUUUCUCCAGCAACGAAGAAGCUAUCAACGUCCUGAAAAGUACAAGAGAAAUGUUGGCAGAAUCCAACAUAAGACUGAACAAGGUAGCUUCCAACAGCAACAGAGUCAUGGAAGCAUUUCCAAUGGAAGACCGUGCUAAAGACCUCAAAGACUUGGAUCUAGGAACAGAAUCACCACCCUUGCAAAGAAGUCUUGGGAUUAGUUGGGACCUGAAGACUGACAGUUUCACCUUCAGGGUCUCCAGAGAAGAGAAGCCAUUCACAAAAAGAGGUGUCCUAUCUACAGUCAACAGUCUUUACGACCCCCUGGGGUUCGUAGCACCCAUCAUCAUGCAAGGUAAAGCUCUUUUGAGACAGAUCACUACUGAGCAAGAACAAAGUGACUGGGACAUACCUCUACCUGAAGAGAAGGAAAUGCAGUGGAAGUUGUGGAAAGACUCAUUGUUAGAGCUUGAACAACUCAACAUCCCUAGACCAUACGUAUCUGUUUCCUUGUCUGCUACAAAGAGAAGAGAAAUAUGCAUAUUCUCUGACGCCUCCACUAUGGCUAUCGCAUCUGUCGCCUACCUUAGGGUAAUAGACACUGAGGGACAAAGCCAUGUCGGGUUCCUCAUGGGAAAAUCUAAGCUGGCUCCCAGACCGUCUCACACUGUCCCACGUCUAGAACUUUGUGCUGCUGUCUUAGCUGUAGAGAUGGCAGACAUGAUUACAACAGAACUGGACAUCGAGAUCCAUACAAUUAACUUUUAUACAGACAGCAAGAUUGUGUUAGGAUAUAUUCACAAUGCUUCAAGAAGAUUUUAUACAUACGUGGCCAACAGAGUGACACGUAUCAGAAAGUCUACAAGUCCAGAACAGUGGCAUCACAUCAGCACAGACAAGAACCCAGCUGAUCAUGGGACGAGACUAGUGCCAGCCGCUGCGCUCAAGCAAACUAACUGGUUCGUAGGUCCAUCCUUUCUUCGUAAACCAGAAACCAAAGAAACUACUCAGGUAGAGACCUUUCAGCUCAUAGAACCAGAUCAAGACAAAGAGGUAAGACCUCAAGUGACAGUUUGUAGGACUAUAGUUACAAGAGACAGUCUGGGCGCUCAUAGAUUUGAAAGGUUUUCCAGCUGGAAGUCGCUGACCCGUGCAAUCGGAAAACUUAAGGUCACGAUCAUCAGAUGCAUCCAGCAGGAAGUCUUUAAAGAAGAAAUCCAAGGCCUUCUGAAAACGGAAGAGAUUUCUCAACACAAUUCGCUCAAGGACUUGUACACCAAGCAAAGGAAACAAGUUCAAAGUCUUGCGGACAUUUUCUGGAAGAGGUGGAGACAGGAAUACCUGGUGAUAUUCCAGCCACGCAAGAAAUGGCAAGAUGACAAGCCCAAUUUACAAGUUGGAGACUUUGUCCUACUGAAAGACUCUCAGGCCCACAGGAACGAGUGGCCUAUUGGACUCAUUGUGGGGACUGAUCCUAGUAGUGAUGCUAGAGUUAGAAAGGUUGAAGUUAGGAUUGUUAGACAGGGCAUUCCCAAAGUGUAUGCAAGGCCAAUUUCUGAAGUAGUUUUACUUCUGUCCAAGGGUUAGUGGCAUAACAAAAAGUAUGCCAGGUGGGGAGUGUGCUGCCUUCGCAAUGUAUUUUACAUGCUUGGCACUCAGCAGGGUCUGUUCCUUUAAGACCCUCCAUUUUCUUGAAGCCUAGAGGCGGGCCUUCUCUCUAAAACAUAGGGCUAGCUCCGGCAUGUCUCAUUCAUUCCAGCUCCAGCCACCACAGUGACCAGAUCCACAGGACUUCUUAAAGCUAAUACAGCCUGCAAAUCUGAUAAAUACCAAAGCCUUUUUACCGCACUUUCAUUAUAUCUCAGUAAAGAUUACAUCAGUUAAGCAAACCAGCGUGUCUUUCCUUGAGAUUCGGUAUAAACUUGAUGUGAAGCUGUGUCCACGAGACAGCGG